AUGGCGCGAGACGGCGUGCGGAUCGUUGUGCAGAACGUGUCGCUGCGUAACGGCGCCGUGCUGUACGUGAUGGGCGGUGGAGCGUUGCGCGGUGCGGUGGCUGCGGGAAGCAACGAGAGCGGACCGGUGGAGCUCUCCGUGUGCGAUGUGGAGGCGCUGAACGGUGCGCUUGUGCUGACCGGCACGUAUCCCGCGGGGUCCGCGUUGACGGUGACGGACACCCUGCUGGUUUCCGCGAGGCCGACGCCGCUUGUGUAUCUUUCCGGCUCGCAGUCCUCGCCGUACGCACCGGUGCUGGUGCUGUCGGGUCUGCGGCUUGUGCGGUCCGUGCUGGUUGUGUCCGGCGUGGCCCUCGUGACGGUGAUGACUGGUGGGCGGACGGUGGUGGUGGACGGCGCGGUGCUGGAGCUCGUCGGUGGCGGUGUCGCGCUGGACGCGGCUGUGUUCGGUGGCGAAUAUGCGUUGUACGCGAGUGCGCGCGUGGUUGCGUCGGAGGGCGCUGUGCUGCGCGUGUCGGGGAGCCAGGUGUACGCUGCGCAUGGAUUGGUGUUCAACAGCGGUGUGGAGGCCAACACGUCCGCCGUCGUAGUGAAUGACAACGCCGGUGCGCUGACGGAUGGCGCGCUGCUGGUGCUACGGGAGACGGCGUCGUUUGUGUCCGGGUCGUGGCUGUCGGUGCGCGGCAACAGCAUCAGCGGCAGGCUCCUGUCGGUGCCUCCGUACCCGCACCGUGCGGAGCUUGUGCAGAGCACGCUGACGCUUCACAAGAACGCUGGCAGCGGGCCCGUCGUGAUGGACGGCACCGUUGAGCUCGGGGGUGCCGGCCGAGAGUUCGUCGUGGGGUGCCUGACGCUCAACGGGCAGGCGCUGCAGCCGAUCGACUACAGGUCCGCCGGCAUCAUCGGGAAAGUUCGCCCCGUGGCGUGCAGCGUGUGCGACGCCGACGUGAGCUGCUUUGCUGCUGCGACGAGGGCGAUGUCGGGGUCGUGCCGCUGCCGCUGUGGUGAGGGCGGGUACGGGCGCGACUGCCUGCCUGUGUACCUGCCGCACGUGGACGGGUGCAACCGCACGCCCGAGAAACCGCUGCUGAGCCACACGGCGACGCUGACGGCGACGCGCAGCCUGACGCCAACGUGGACGCCAACACCGCCAACAACGAGCCUGAGUGCGACGCGCUACAGUCCGACGAACUACGGACCGACGGAGACGCUGCAGGUGACGGAAACGGUGACGCUGCUGCCCACGCCGACCCCGGCAGCGUCGGUUACGGCGACGGAGCCGCCGACCGCGACAGUGACGGCAUCGGAUUCACUGAGCAUGAGCCUGUCGGUGAGCAGCACGCCGUGGUGGAGCGACGUGGCGUGCCCGACACUCACCGUGACGACGACGGCGGCUGGUGGGAGCCUGACGCAGAACGACAUUCGCGGCGGUGGGAGCGCCGUCCCGACGCGGCUGAUGGUGGCGCUGCCGCCGCCGUUCCGCUGGGCAAGCGACCCGCAGCUCGGCACGCACCUGAGCUUCGUGCCGGUGGCGACGGCGCAGCCGACCGGCUUUGGUGGGUCGUGGGGAGCGAUGC